UCCCAGGGCCGCUUCUGUGCCUGCUUCUUGCAAGCGCCACACCCUCGCCAGAAGCAGCCGAAGGAGGAAACAUCUCUGGGAAAUCUUGCCCUCUGGGUGGGUGAACUUUGCUGAAGUUCCGGCUUCUUUUCGCAGCUGAUCUGGAAGGGGCCUCCCCUGUGCUUCAUGGUGGCACAAUAAGCCUGGCAGAAAAACUAAUGGGAGAAGGAGCUUAGCGUCCACCAAGGAAGACACCCGUUUGCAUCUUGGCAGCAUCUUGGGGACCCAGGCUCCUGACAAGCUGUGGCUCGCUCCGGCUGGGAUAUUCUCAGACUUCCUCUGCUCCUUCUAUGCUUCAGCUGACAUCCCUCUUCUCCCUCUGUGCUGCUGGCUGCCGGGAGGGCGAGGAUGCUCAGCCGUUUGUCGGGGCUGGCCAGCACCGUCCUGCACGAGCUCUCUGGGGAAGGAGAGGAUGCCGAGACUGCAGCAUCGCCCCCCGGGCCAGAAUUUGAGUCCAGCCAGCAGAAUGGGGAGGAGGCACCGGAAGACAUGCAAGAACAGUUGACCCACAUGGAGAAGCUGGUGGUGCAGCUGAAGAACCUGGUGCGGGAGAAGGAUGCUCAGCUCCAGCAGAAGGAUGCUCAGCUCCAGCAGAAGGAUGCAAUGCUUCAGGAAGAAAGGCGGGCUGCAGAAGCCAAGCUGCUGAAGCUGAAGCUGCAGGCCAAAGUGAAGGUGGCAAAUCUCAACAAGCGCAUUGAGGAGCUGACAGCACAUGGAGAGGCAGUGCCUGCCGGGGAGCAGCCGGGAGAGCCCCUGGCUCCUGUCCAGGGUGACCACAGGAUAUGCAGCAGGCAGGAGGAAGAGCUGGCUGUGCUGAGAAGGCAGCUGCAGGAGCAGGAAGAAAUGGCGGGGGAGCUCCGAGGACAGCUGGAGGAAGCCACGGAAAGGCUCGGUGAAUCCCAGGCCCAGGUCAGCUCCCUGCAAAAGGAAGUGCUGGAGGAAGGGGCUCUCCACGAAGAACGGGCUCUCCAGCACCAAGCAGAAAUGCGCCAACUAGAGGCCUGGUCAGCUCGUGAAGCAGAAAUGCAGCAGAAUCUGAGGCAGCUGCAGCGAAAGCUGGAGGAACAAGGGGCCACUCUGCUGGGAAGAACACAAGUGGUGGAAUUGUUGCAGCAGGAGUUGAACAGCAGUGAGGAGGAAAAGCAGAUUCUCCUGGAGAAAUUCCAGGAGGCAGAGGCAGAGUUGGACUCCUCGAGAAGCACCCUGGCCUCUGCCCGGCAGGAAUCUCAAGGCCUGGUCCAGACGCUGGAGCUGCAGCUGGCCGAGCAGAAGAUGGCCUUGCAGCACACCCAGGCGGAGGUGCAAGAGCUCCGCCAAGAGCUGGACCACGCGAGAGCAGCCCAGGCUGAGCAAGAGCAGGCGAGGCAGGCGGAGGAGGCGUGGCGUGCCCGGGAGGCAGCAGAGAAGAGCCAGGAAAUGGCUGAGCUCCAACAGGCGGAGCAGGACCUGCGCUCCAGUUACGAGGCUGUCCAAGCUGAGAACGCCCGGCUGCGUCAGGAGGCGGAUUUACCUGCGGAGCGCUCUACCGAGGACUCCCCUGCCCCCCAAGGGGAGGUCCUGGAAAGGCCCGUGGAGUUUGGCUUUUCUCAGCCAGAAGUGGAAUCCCUUGCAGCCCAGGUUCUUCCCCCAAGCCAGCCUCUUGAUCAGCGAGACGUGGCAGCACUCCCAGGAGGAAAUGCUGGAGAGCAGGGGGGGGAACUGCGCAAGACCACACGGGCAGCCCUGGAAGCCAACAAUGGCCUCCUGGAAAGCAGCAGUGUGGAAGGCCCGCAGCCCCCAGACGCCCCUGUCGCCUCGGCUCAGCCCAGCGCAGUCAGGAGCCUCGAGGAGCCCUUGCAUGCCCAAGAGGACGGACAGCCUGACCUCCUGGAACACUUUGCUGAGAAGAAGCACCGUGAUCUGUCAGUCCUGCUCCUGGAGCUACAGGAGGCCCAGGAAGAAAUCACGUUCCUAAAGGGACAGCUCCAGGUCUCAAGCAGCCUGGAGGCCGCUGGAGGACAAUCCCAGGGGAGAGACCCCGAGCGAGAAGGAGAAGGGGCAGGGCCCAUCCAGAGCGAUUCCAGUAGCGGUCCACCGGUCGCCGUAGACAUCCAGGGUUCUGCUUCUGUUCUGGGGGCGCUCUUGGGGCAAGAGGACAAUGAAACAACCCAGGGACCAUCUCUAGGCUCGGGUCUGCAGUUAGAGAAGACGGCAGAGUUAGAGCUGGAAGUCGCUGACCUGCAAAGAAGGCAGCAGGAAGCAGCGGAACUCCAUGAGAGCAUCUCGGCGGAGAAAGCCGCCCACAUUGGGAGGCUGCAAGAGCAGCUGGAGGGCUCAACCAGGGCUGUGCGUACCUUGAGUGCCGAGAGCGAGCAGCUCCUGUCCCAGCUGAAAGAACUCUGCUUCCCAGCAGAGCUGAAGGAUCAGGGGGAAGGCAGCCUUGCUCGCUCAGAGGAGCAACAGCUUUCUAGCUACGAAAGUGGAAUCUCCCAUUUAGGCUUGCUGAAGGAGCAGAUUCAGAGCCUGAGAAACGAGGCCAAAUCCAAGGAUGUGAAAAUCACCGCUUUGCAGAAGGACCUGGACGAAGCCCAGCGCCACCUCUCGGAGCAAGAAAUACUUGGGAGAAACCUGCGCAGCCAGCUCGAGGGGGAGGAGCAGAAAGCGCGGGCCCUGUCGGGGCAGCUGCAGGAGGCCUCCGUGGAGGCUGAGGCGCUCUCCCAGACCCUCGCCCUGAAGGAGCUGGAGGCCACCAAGCUGUCGAAUCUCCUCUCCGAAAACUCCGCGGAGGUGGAGAGGCUCCAGCAGGAAGUGCUGGAGCGAGAGCAGCGGAUGACCGAAGUCAGCGUCGGCAUGUCUGACCGGAUGGUGCAGCUGAACGAGGAGAAGUUCAUGCUGGGGGAAGAGCUGAAGAGCGUGAUGGAGCAGCUGAGUGUGUUGCAGCAAGCGAAGGAGACCAGAGAGCAGGCUGUGGAGACGGAGGAGAAGCCGCAGCCAGCGCAGGAGUUGCCCGCCAGCGAAGAAGUGGAAGUGUUACGGAAGGAGAACGAACUUGUGAGGAAGGAACUGCAAGCCGUGCUUCUCAGCAGGAGGGAGCUCCUGACCAGGGUUCGCCAGCUGGAGCAGGGAGGAGGGGGAGAACCGCUAGCCGAGGCCCAGGAGGGUGGAGGAGUGGGACAUCCCUCGGAGGGCAACAGGCUCGAUGGGGGCACGGGGUGUCCGGCGAGGCGAGGCAGGGCUGCCUCUCUGAGCCAGUUGCUCUCUGCAGCAGAAACCCUGUCACAGACCAUCCCCGGGGAAAAGGAAUGCACCUGGCUGUGGGCCGUGAUUGCAGAGCUGCAGCAAAGUCUACGGCAGAAGGAUCUCCUUAUAAGGUCCCUGCAGGCUGAACUCGAAGACUGCAAGUUGGGCCCUGAGGAACGGGCUCCAGCAGAUCAGAAUUCGGAGGGGUCCAGCUCGGCGGUUUCUGGGGCAGGGGGGACAAGCAGCCAAGCUGACUCUGGCCCAGAAGGAGAAAAUAGGACCGUCCCAGAAGAGUUCUCAGCUCUGGUCCAGGAGAGAGAACAGCUCCAGAAGAAGCUCCAGGAAGCCCUGGCCUCACGCAAGGAGACCAUCAAGAAAGCCAAGGAGAAGGAUCGCCAUCACCGGGAGCUACUGAAACAGCAGAAGGAUGACUACAAUCUUCUGCAAGGGCAGUUUGAGCAGCAGAGCCGGGAGAAGGAGAGCCUUCAGGACCAGCUCCAGGCACUGUCCGAGGCUCUGGAGAGCUGCUCUCCUCCAAAACCUGCUGGAGAGGCUUCUGAAGGACCAGCACCAGGGCUUGUGCAGGAGCAAGGCCAGGAGGUCUUUGCAGAAGGCACUUCCUUGGCAACUGAAGACGUAGUUGUGGGGCAGCUUAAGGCAGACUUGGAGAAACUUCAGGCUGAGAAAAGAGAACUGGAAGCCCAGAUCGGACAUCUGGAAGGAGAGCUUGACAGCAAGUCUGAGGAGACUCUGCUCCUCCAGGAAAAGGUCAACCAACUUCUUACUGAAGUGGAGAUGGCCAAGGCCGCCUGCAGUCAGGCAGACGCCAGUGUGGUGCACCUGAAGCUGGAGCUGCAGGAGAGCCGAGUAGAGAUUGCCAGGCAGGAGAGCCUGAGAUGUCAUCAAGAGCAGAAGGAACUCAGCAGCAGAGAAGAAAUCAGAGGCCUCAACGCCCAGUUAUCAGAUAAAGAUGAAUCUCUAUGUGGCCUCCAGGCUGAGUUGCAAGAGAAGGAGAAUGUGAUCAGAGUGUUGCAAGGGCAGUUGGAACAAGCCCAGCACCUGCAGGCGGAGCUGCAGCAGAAAUCAGCGGGAGAACUUGCAGAGAGCCAACCCAAGGCCCAGCUGCAGAGGAAGCUGCAGGCAGCGCUCAUCUCCAGGAAGGAGGCGCUGAAAGAGAGCAAGGGGCUCAGGGAUGAGCUUGCCAGCGCCAAGGCCUCUCUGGAAAGCACCUCCCUCCACCUGCUGGACGUAGAGAGUCGGGUUUCUGAGCUGGACAAGGAGAGGGUGCUCCUUCUGGAGAAACUGGCGGCCCUCGGGGAGGAGCGGGAGAAGCUCAUUUCAGCAGUGGACGAGGCCUUGGUGGAAAACCAGAGUAUCUCUGGUUCCUGCGAGAGCCUGAAAUUGGCCCUGGAGGGGGUGACUCAGGAGAAGACAAGGCUGGAGAAGGAAAUGGGCACCCUGCAGCAGACUCAGGCCCAGGAGCUCUCCGAGUGGCAGAGGAGGCACCAGGAGCUGCAGAAGGACUACGAGAGCCUCCUGCAGUCCUAUGAGAACGUCAGCAAUGAGGCUGAGCGGAUGCAGCGGGUGGUGGACAGCGUCCGGCAGGGAAAGCAAGAACUCUUCCUCAAACUAAAAGGUCUAGAAGCUGAGAAGGAGGAAGGGGAGGCCCGCCUGCAGGGAGCUGAGCAGGAGAUGGAAGGAAUGAAGGAGAAGAUGAGGAAGUUUGCAAAAUCCAAGCAGCAGAAGAUCUUGGAACUAGAGGAGGAGAAUGAGCAGUUGAGGUCAGAAAUUCAUCCUGUGGGUGGGACAAAUUCUGGUCUUCAAGAAGAGCUGGAGACCGCCAAGAAGAAUUGCCAGGCUCUUUCGGAUCAGCUGAAAGCGCUGACCGCUGAGAAGGACUUUCUGACCCAGGAACUCCAAGAUUUGAGGCAGACUUUGCAAAACAAGGAAGACAGGAGAGAUCUGAGCAGCGUCCAAGAGGAGAUGGUGGGCAAAAGCAAGGCAGUCAGUUCCAUCAUGAUGUCAUCUUCAGAGGAGGUGGCUGAUGAACAAAGAGGUCCCAACACAGGCCCUGGACUUCUCACACCCACUGCUCUGAGCCUCGAGGACAAGAAGGAAGAUCUCAGCCCAGCUCGCCCUUUGUGUGAUGAGAGAAUUGGGGAUAUUCAGCAAGUGGCACAGCUCCAAGAGCAAGUGGCAGCACUAGAAGAGAAGGGGAAGAUGGCAGCAGAGGAAAUGAAUAAGGUCCAUGGGGAUUUGGAGGCCCUGAAGGAAGAGAAAAAAGGCCUGGAGGACUUACUGGCUGUGAAGGGCCAGGAACUGGAAGCUCUUCAAGAAAGGGUCAUCAAGAUUGAGGAAGCGUGUGGGCAAACCGAGGAACAGCUGGCCAAAGUGUUGAUGCUGAAAGAAGCUUUGGAAAUUGAGAAGGAUGAUCUUGAAGAGAGGCUGAUGAACCAGCUGGCAGAGUUGAAUGGCAGCAUUGGGAACUAUCAGCAAGACAUAGCAAACCUGGAGAGCAAAAACCAGCAGCUCCUCAGUGAGGUGGAAAGCCUUCAGGUGGCCCUGAGCCACCUGGAAGAUGAGAAGCAGCAUCUGUUGAGGGAGAAGUUUGAGGUGGAAGUGGAGAAGAAAGAGAAUAUGGAAAAGGUGAAGAGCACCUGGAAGGAAGACAGUGGCCGGACUCAGACGAAAGAACUUCAGGAAUUGUUGAAAGAGAAACAGCAAGAAGUGAGGCAGCUGCAGAGAGAUUGUAUUAAAAGCCAGGAGAAGAUCAGUGGCUUGGAGAGAACCAUCAAGGCCCUGGAGUUCGUUCAGAGUGAGUCCAAGAGGGAGCUGGAGGCCACUAAGGAGAGCAUGGCAGAGGCAGGGGAGAACACCAAGAAAGUCCAGGCGGAGUUGGCUUCCUGCAAGGUCUUGCUGGACGAUACUCAGAGUGAAGCUGCCCGAGUCGUGGCAGAGAGCCUGAAGGUGAAAGAGGAGCUUCAGGCAGCCGAGGCUCAGCUCAGAGGUCAGCUCAGUCAGAAAGAGAAGGAGCUUGAGAGACAUUUGGAGCAAGAAAAGGUCAAGCACCUGAAGGAGAUCAGAAACCUGGAAGAGAGGUUGGAGGCCUUGCAGAAAAAGCAGGAGUACGCAGAGGAGUCAGCGCGAGAUCUCCAAGAGUCCCUGCGCCAAAAGGACCAAGAUGCCAAACAGCUUCAAGGCAGCUUGAACCACACCUUGGCCCAGCUGGCCGCCUUCACCAGAAGCAUGUCCUCCCUGCAGGACGACAGGGACCGGGUGAUUGACGAGUCCAGGCAGUGGGAAAAGAAGUUCAGUGAGGCCAUUGAGAAGAAGGAACAGGAACUCCGUGCUAGAGAACAGGCGUGCGCCGCCUUGCGAGAGCAGGCCAAGAAGACAGCGAUUCAGGUGGAAGAUCUGCAAGGCCUUGUUGCCAGCCUGGAGCGCAACAAAUCAGCCCAGGAGUCCCAUGCCCAGGAGGAGCUCCAGCAUCAUCAAGAAGAAGUCAGGUUGCUCCAAGAGGAGAACAGCAAACUUCAGCUUCAGCUUGAAGAGGCCCAGCAGUUACUGAGUGACUCCCAGAGCCAGGUUCUCCAGCAAGGGGGAGAACUCGAGUCUCUGAGAAAGCAGCUUGCUGAUCUGCAGGAUUCCUUUGAAGACAGCGAGAAAGCAUGUGCUGAAAUGUCAAAGACGGUGAAGAGCCAUGAGGCCAAACUUCAGGAUUACAGGUUCAGUCUUGAGCAGCUGGAGGCUGACCUGCAGGCAUCCAAGGAGCUAAUCGAUCGACUCCAUGCAGAGAUGAGUUGCAAGGAGCAGAAGAUUGUCAGUCUUGUGGCUGCCAAGGAAGAGGCCGUAGCUGGAGCCAUAUUCGAAAUCCAGCAGCAGCACAAGGAAGAGUUGAAGGAGUUGGAGAGCCAGAUUGCCAAGGCUGAAGCCGAGAAGGUGGCCUUGGAAGCUGACAAGGCAAAAGCUCAGGAGAAAGUUGACAGUCUCAUGGAGAAGCUGAGAAAUACCCAUGAGGAGAGCAAGCAGCACAAAGCCCGGCUGGAUUCCUUCACCAAAUCAAUGUCUUCCCUGCAGGACGAUCGGGACCGGGUCCUGGAAGACUAUCGGCAGCUGGAGCAGCGCCACCUGGCAGCCAUCUUAGAGAAGGAUCAGCUGAUCCAGGAAGCGGCUGCAGAGAACAAUGCACUGAAGGAGGAACUUCGGAGCCUCCAUGGUCAGGUGGAUGACUUGCAUGCGGAGAAUGCAAAGUUGGAUGCUGAACUGGUGCGGUAUCGUGAGGACCUGAAUCAAGUCAUAUCCAUCAAGGACAGUCAGCAGAAACAGCUGCUUAAAACCCAAAUGGAGCGUAUCCGGGCCCUGGAAAAGGAGAAGGCAGGUGUGGAAGGCCAGCUGCGAGAGUCUGAACUUCGUUUGGCCAACCUGCAGCUGGAGAAGCACAGUCUGGAACAAGAAGUUGAGGCCCUCAAAUCUUCCCUCUCCCAGGUACAAAAUGAGAUUCUGGCAUUGCAGGAAGGGGGUCCCAUGUUGGAGCUGCAGGUGCAGUUGCAGGACAAAGUGGAUGAAGUGCAGAAAUUGGGUGGCCAGCUUUUGCUGGCAAAGCAGCAGGUGGUGGGACUUGAAGCAGAGCUGGCUGAUCUUCGUCAGACCACCUCCCAGAAAAUACAUGAAGCAGAAGCCAGGAUGGAAAAAGAGCUCAAGAGCUUCCAUCAUGACACUGGACUCCUGCGGAAUGAGACCGAGACAGCUGAAGAACGGGUGGCAGAACUGGCCAAGGACCUCCUGGAAAUGGAGCAGAACCUCCUUGUGGUCACAGGGGAAAACCAGGAUUUGAAGGCCCAAAUCCAGUCAUUCAGGAAAGCAAUGAGCUCUCUCCAAGAUAGCUGGGACCAGUCUAAUGAAGAACGGUGUGCCCUGGAAAAGAAAUAUGCUGUAGACCUGGAAGAGCAGAGGCAGCUGGUGCAAAACCUCCAUGAGGAGAAGCUUCAGUUUCAGGAGGUGCAAAGAACCCUUGAGAAGCAGAGGGACGGCCUGACCUCCGAGCUUGCUGCUCUCCGAGACUCUAAGGAAGAGAAGGGCUUGUCGGAUAAGCCAGAGAAGCUCAGCCAACAGCUUCAGUCCAAAGACUUGCAACUUGUUCGCCUGUCAUCUGAGCUGGAAAAGGCCUCUGCCCAAGUGAAGUCCUUCUCCCAGGCCAUGGCAAGCCUGCAGGCUGAGCGAGACCGUCUGCUGAGCGAACUGGACAAAACCCGCAAAACAGAGGAGGUGAAGCUGCAGUCGGCGGCCGGCGUGUCUUCCAGCCUUGCCGAAGUGCCGAGCCUCAAGAAGGCGCUGUCAUCCCUGCAGAAUGACCGAGACCGGCUGCUGGUGGAGCUGAAGAGCCUGCAGCAGCAGCAUCUCCAGAUGGGGGUGGACACAGCCGAGAUGAUGCGCUUGAAGGCCCAGCUCCAGCAGCAGAAGCAGGAGAUGGAGCAACAGCAGCAGCUCCAGGAGAAGCUGGAGCAGGAGAGCGCCUCCUGGCGGUUGGAGCUCCACCAACUCAGGGAAGAAAAGGCAGCCUGGGAGCUGGGAAAACAGCAGGCUGUGGAGAAGCGGCACCCCGGGGAGGGGGCGCCCAGGAUGGCCAGCUCCGGCAGAGACGCAUCUGGCCAGAUGGCCGUGGAGGAUCUGCGGGCCCAGCUGGGGAGCAGCUUGAAAGACCUGCAUCAGAGGGAGCUGCGCAUCCAGCAGCUGAACAGCAAGCUCUCGCAGGUCUUCGAAGAGAAGAGCGUGCUUGCCCUCCAGCUUCGGGGGAGCAGCCGCAGCCUCCGGGAGAGCCACCAGCGCCACGGUGAAGCGGUUGCCCGCUGCGAGGCCCUCGAAAAGAAGCUGCAAGAGUCACAGCUUCUGGCGAAGGCCGGGGGACCCGUCCCGACCGACGCUGCUCCUGGGGCCCCCCAGGAAAAAGGGGAGCCAUCUGGGGAGACCAGCGUGCGCGAGCUGCAGGAGCUGCAGAUGCAGCUCUCAGAGGCCAAGCGGCAGCAGAGCAGCGCCAGGCAGGGCCUGAUGCAGCUCCAGCAGCAGUUGCAGGACGAGCGGGACCAGCGUCGGACAGCCGAGGAGGCUUGCUCCGCAGCCCAGGAGCAGAUCCGCAGGUGGGAGUCCGAGGAGUGGGCGCACUCUCUGGAUACCAGCAUCGCGAUGCCCCCCGGCCCGGAACACGCCCUGCUUCCGGGACCUGCUUCAGAGGGCUCCUUCAGCAAGGCUCGAGGGGGCAGGGGGCUGCAGCGUGCCCUGCGUGCCCUCUUCUGUCCCCGGCGGCUCCUGUCCCUGCUGGCCGUCGUCUACCUCUUCGUCAUCCACGUGCUACUGCUCCUCCACGUCAUAGGUCGCUUGUGAGAGAAGGAACCCGUGGGGCCAGGGCGGACUGGCCCUCGCCGGGGCCCAGAUGCCCAGGUGAACUGUGGCCCCCUGUGCCUGGGGGAUCCUGCUGGGCUGGGCACGGGGGAGCCCCCGGGUCACAGGCAGCCCCGGUGGAGCAGCCCGGAGCGUCCUGGCAGAGGGAGGCAGAGCUGGGGGGGGCUUGACGAGCCGUUCGUGACUGAGGCUUUGUGGGUCUCCCUCAUGGGAAGCAGUCUGGCCUUCCAAGCCUGGAAUGCCAGCCGAAUCUGGGCGGCCUUAACUCACAGUUAAUUUGGAUGGCAGGGACGGAGCCAAGAAGAUGCCCCCUCCCUUCUUAGGGGCAUUAACCGUAAUUAGUUGAGGCAGGGGAAGCUCUGCAGGAGCUGCUCCUCUGCUCCCUCGCCUCCGCACGGGGUGGACGGGGACCAAGUAGACUCAAUUAACCUCUAGGUUGCGGUAGGGAGCAGUUCUCUCUUUCCGUAUGGUGUGUGCGCCACCGUUCUACCACCCGGGGCUGGAAACGUGCUCAAGGGAAGGGAGGGGAAGGGCAGGGCAGGGCAGCACCCGUCCAAGGCCCUGGAGCUGGUUCUUGCACUGCUCUGAGGAGGGAGACCAGGUUGGGGCAGGAGGUGGGGCGGCACAUGGCCUUCCAGUCCCAGGACCUCCAGUAGUCAGGGUUAACAGGAGGUUGUCUGGCAACUCCCGGGGGCCCUACGGUAGAGCAGAAACCUGCUUCCCUGGCUUUGGGAUGGGUUAUGUGCCAGGGCAUUCCCUUCCUGGCCACUGGGGAAGAAGGCCUUUCCUUCUGACGUGGCCUGGGAUCUCCCUCUCAGACCCCGCUCGCACUUAGUGAGGUGCCCCCCCUGCCCCCGUGGCCUGUGGGUGCCCUUUAUCUACUCGUUCCAGUCUUCUGGUUCUCUGUGGCCUCUUGGUUGUGCAAUAAAGAUGUUUAUUUUUCUGAUC